UCGAGCCCAGCCCGGAGCGCAGGGCGGCCGCGCAGCUUCCCGCUCCCCUCCCGGUGCGCCGGCCCAUGGCGGCCGCGGGGCGGCUGUGGCUGCUCUACCUGUCGGCGGGGCUCCUGCCGCGGCUCGGCGCCGCCUUCAACUUGGACACCCGCGAGGACAAUGUGAUCGAGAAAACCGGGGACUCCGGGAGCCUCUUCGGCUUCUCGCUGGCCAUGCACUGGCAGCUGCAGCCCGAGGACAAGCGGCUGUUGCUCGUGGGGGCCCCACGGGCAGUAGCCCUUCCGCUGCAGAAGGCCAACAGAACAGGAGGCUUGUAUAGCUGCGACAUCACCUCCCGGGGGCCGUGCCCACGGAUUGAAUUUGAUAACGACGCUGACCCUUCAUCGGAAAGCAAGGAAGAUCAGUGGAUGGGGGUCACUGUCCAGAGCCAAGGUCCAGGGGGCAAAGUUGUGACAUGUGCUCAUCGAUAUGAAAAAAGGCAGCAUGUUAAUACAAAACAGGAAUCCCGAGACAUUUUUGGAAGGUGUUACGUCCUAAGUCAGAAUCUCAGGAUUGAAGAUGAUAUGGAUGGAGGAGACUGGAGUUUUUGUGAUGGCCGAUUAAGAGGUCAUGAAAAAUUUGGCUCUUGCCAGCAAGGUGUAGCGGCUACUUUUACUAAAGACUUUCAUUACAUUGCGUUUGGAGCCCCAGGCACUUACAACUGGAAAGGGAUCGUUCGCGUAGAGCAAAAGAAUAACACUUUUUUUGACAUGAACAUCUUUGAAGAUGGGCCUUAUGAAGUUGGUGGAGAGACUGACCAUGAUGAAAGUCUAGUUCCUGUUCCUGCUAACAGUUAUUUAGGGUUUUCUUUGGACUCAGGGAAGGGUAUUGUUUCCAAAGAUGAGAUCACUUUUGUAUCUGGUGCUCCUAGAGCCAAUCACAGUGGAGCUGUGGUUUUGCUUAAAAGAGACCUAAAAUCUGCGCACCUUCUCCCUGAGCACAUAUUUGACGGGGAAGGGCUGGCUUCUUCAUUUGGCUAUGACGUGGCAGUGGUGGACCUUAACAAAGAUGGGUGGCAAGAUAUAGUUAUUGGAGCCCCACAGUAUUUUGAUAGAAGUGGAGAAGUUGGAGGUGCAGCGUAUGUCUACAUUAACCAGCAAGGCAGAUGGAAUAAUGUCAAGCCAAUUCGUCUUAAUGGAACCAAAGAUUCUAUGUUUGGCAUUGCGGUCAAAAAUAUCGGCGAUAUUAAUCAAGAUGGCUACCCAGAUAUUGCAGUUGGAGCACCCUACGAUGGUAAGGGGAAGGUUUUUGUCUAUCACGGAUCUGCGAACGGAAUAAAUACCAAACCAACACAGAUUCUCGAGGGUAAAUCACCUUUUUUUGGAUAUUCAAUUGCCGGAAACAUGGACCUUGAUAGAAAUUCCUACCCCGAUGUUGCUGUUGGUUCCCUCUCAGAUUCAGUAACUAUUUUCAGAUCCCGGCCUGUGAUUAAUAUUCAGCAAACCAUCACAGUUACACCUAACAGAAUUGAUCUCCAUCAGAAAAUGCCCUGUGGGGCACCUAGCGGGAUAUGCCUGAAGGUUAAGGCCUGUUUUGAAUAUACUGCCAAACCCACUGGUUACAACCCUUCAAUAACCAUUGCGGGCACACUGGAGGCUGAAAAGGAAAGAAGAAAAUCUGGGCUGUCAUCAAGAGUUCAGUUUCGAAACCAAGGUUCUGAGCCCAAGUAUACGCAAGAGCUCACUCUGAGCAGGCAGAAGCAGAAGAUGUGCAUGGAGGAAACCUUCUGGCUCCAGGAAAAUAUCAGAGAUAAACUGCGUCCCAUCCCUAUAACGGCUUCAGUAGAGAUCCAAGAGCCAAGCACUCGGAGGAGAGUGAAUUCGCUUCCAGAAGUUCUUCCAAUUCUGAAUUCAAACGAACCCAAGUCUGUUCAUACAGAUGUGCACUUCUUAAAAGAGGGAUGUGGAGACGACAAUGUAUGUAACAGCAACCUUAAGCUAGAGUAUAAAUUUUGUACCCGAGAAGGAAGUCAAGACAAAUUUUCUUAUUUACCAAUUCAAAAAGGUGUACCAGAACUAGUUCUAAAAGAUCAGAAGGACAUUGCUUUAGAAAUAACAGUGACAAACAGCCCUUCCAACCCAAAGAAUCCCACCAAAGAUGGUGAUGACGCUCAUGAAGCUAAACUCAUCGCCACUUUUCCGGACACUUUGACUUAUUCUGCAUAUAGAGAACUGAAGGCUUUCCCUGAGAAACAGUUGAGUUGUGUUGCAAACCAGAACGGCUCACAAGCAGACUGCGAGCUUGGGAAUCCUUUUAAAAGAAAUUCCAGUGUUACUUUUUAUUUAAUUUUAAGUACAAGUGAGAUCACCUUUGACACCACAGACCUGGAUAUUAAUCUGAAGUUGGAAACAACAAGCAAUCAAGAUAAUUUGGCUUCAAUUACAGCUACAGCAAGAGUGGUUAUUGAACUGCUUUUAUCGGUCUCCGGAGUUGCUAAACCUUCCCAGGUGUAUUUUGGAGGUACAGUCAUUGGUGAGCAAGCUAUGAAAUCUGAAGAGGAAGUGGGAAGUUUAAUUGAGUAUGAGUUCAGGGUGAUUAACUUGGGCAAACCUCUUAAAAACCUCGGCACAGCAACCUUGAAUAUCCAGUGGCCAAAAGAAAUUAGCAAUGGCAAAUGGUUGCUUUAUUUGGUGAAAGUAGAAUCCAAAGGAUUGGAAAAGAUAGCUUGUCAGCCACAAAACGAAAUAAACUUCCUGAAACUAAAGGAGGCUCACAACUCAAGACAGAAACGAGAAAUUGCUGAAAGACAGACAGACGAUGGUAGAAAAUUUUCUUUAUUUGCUGAAAGAAAAUACCAGACCCUCAACUGCAGCGUGAACGUGAACUGUGUGAACAUCAAGUGUCCGCUCCGAGGGCUGGAUAGCAAGGCCUCCGUGGUUCUGCGCUCGAGGCUCUGGAACAGCACGUUUCUGGAGGAGUACUCCAAGAUGAACUACCUGGACAUUCUCGUGCGGGCUUCCAUUGAUGUAACUGCUGCCACCGAGAAUAUUAAGCUGCCCAAUGCAGGCACUCAGGUUCGUGUGACUGUGUUUCCCUCAAAGACUGUAGCUCAAUAUUCAGGAGUACCUUGGUGGAUCAUCCUAGUGGCUAUUCUUGCUGGGAUUUUGAUGCUUGCUCUAUUAGUAUUUUUACUAUGGAAGUGUGGUUUCUUCAAGAGAAAUAAGAAAGAUCAUUAUGAUGCCACAUAUCACAAGGCUGAGAUCCAUGCUCAGCCGUCUGAUAAAGAGAGGCUUACUUCUGAUGCAUAGUAUUGAUCUACUUCUGUAAUUGUGUGGAUUCUUUAAACGCUCUAGGUACGACGAUAGUGUUCCCCGCUACCAUGCUGUAAGGAUCCGGAAAGAGGAGCGAGAGAUCCAAGAUGAAAAAUAUAACGAUAACCUUGAAAAAAAACAGUGGAU